ACUACUUUUUUAAUUUCUCCAUCUCAUCUCACUUAAAAAUGAAGGUUACUGUCUGUGGUGCUGCCGGUGGUAUUGGUCAACCAUUAUCUUUACUAUUCAAGCUCUCUCCAUACGUCGAUGAGCUCUCCUUAUACGAUGUCGUCAACGCUCCUGGUGUCGGUGCUGAUUUGGCUCACAUUUGCACUAAAUGCAAAGUCUCUUCCUACUUGCCUGCUAACGACGGUUUGAAAAAAUCUCUUGAAAACUCUGACUUGGUCAUAAUACCUGCCGGUAUUCCAAGAAAACCUGGUAUGACCAGAGACGACUUAUUCAAAAUCAACGCAGGUAUCAUUAGAGAUUUGACCAUUGGUAUCGCUGAAACUUGUCCAAAUGCCUUUGUCUUGAUCAUUUCCAACCCUGUCAACUCAACUGUUCCAAUCGUCUGCGAGGUCUUGAAAAAAUACAACGUCUUCAACCCAAACAAAAUCUUUGGUGUCACAAACUUGGACAUUGUCAGAUCAAACACUUUUAUCUCACAGUUGGACUCCACUAACCAAUCCAAGCCCGAAGACUUUAAUAUCCCAGUUAUUGGUGGUCACAGUGGCGAAACUAUUGUUCCAUUAUUCUCCAUUGGUGCUCCUCAAAUCUACAGCUCUCUUUCCUCCCAGCAAAAGGCUUCUCUAAUAAACAGAGUUCAAUACGCCGGUGAUGAAGUCGUCAAAGCGAAAGAUGGUAAGGGCUCGGCCACUUUGUCGAUGGCCUACGCUGGCUUCGAAUUGGCUGAAAAGAUUAUCAAAUUAGCUGUUCAAUCUUCCUCGAAUUCAACAGAUUCUUCAGUCACUGCCUGCUGCUAUAUCAACUUGGCCGACUCUAUCAAUGGUGCUGCUGAUUUCAAACAGAAAUUAAACUCUGACAUUAAUUUCUUCUCGGUUCCUUGUGUUUUGGGUCCUAAUGGUGUCACAGAAAUCGACUCCUCCAUCUUGGAUAAAAUCAAUAAUGAUGAAUCUGAUCUAAUCAAAGUCUCGGUGGACCAGUUGUAUCCAAAUAUCACAAAGGGUAUAAAUUUCGUUAAAAACUAUUAACUAUCUAAGUUAUAAAAAAACACUACUCCAAUUUAAUCUCAUCUCACCUCCUUUAAUUCAUUUGCUUUUUUUUCACUUUACUUCACUUCUUCCGUUUUUUUUCAACCUUUUAUUUAACUGAUUAAUUAAUUACUAUAUC